AUGACUGACAAACUUCCCCCGAACCUCCUUGCUCUGUUUCAACCUCGACCGCCUUUGCGCUACAUCCCUCCCCAGGAUUCCGGCCCAGAAGAAAGAGCUGUCAAGAAGUCGCAGCUUUCUGGAAUUGCUGCCUUCCUGCCUCAGCUCGACGACUACAAGGAGAACGAUGUCUACAAGCCGACCGAGUCCUGGCUGCAAAAGCGUGAUCGCAAGCGAUAUGAGAAGAAACUGCGUCAAGCAGAGAUAGAGAAGCCAGAAUUCCAGGCCUACAGACCAAAUGAGGACCCCAAAAUCAAAGGUGACGCGGUUAAGACUUUGUUCGUUGGCCGCCUCAGCUACGAUGUCAAAGAAGCCGAUCUCGAACGGGAGUUUGGCAGAUUUGGUCCCAUUGAGAGGAUCAGAAUUGUCAAAGAUGAGACGACUCCCAAACCCAAGAAGCCGCAUAAAGGCUAUGCCUUCAUCGUCUAUGAACGAGAAAAAGAUAUGCGAGGUAUUUUCUUCCACGAAAGCCCUUCUGCCCUUGAUCCCUCCAUCCAUCACCCUGACGGCAUGGUAAGACGCAAUGAGACUGACCCGGGACAUCCUUACCUCUUCACAGCAGCAUACAAAGAAACAGAUGGCCUACGCAUUAAAGACCGAAAAGUAGUCGUGGAUGUGGAACGUGGUCGCAUGGUCCCUGGAUGGCGGCCUAAAAGAUUUGGCGGCGGCCUGGGUGGAAGAGGAUAUACCAGGCAAGCUCCUGCAAGACCUACUUAUGGCGCACCUCAAGGUGGAUACGGGGAUGGCUUCAGAGGUGGCUUCGGAGGUCGUGGUGGGUUCCGCGGCGGAUUCCGUGGCGACUUCCGCGGCGACCGCGGAGGUUUUGGUGGCAGAGGAGGUGUCGGCUACCAGGGAAGAGGCGGUUUCGGUGGACGCGGCGGAUACCAAAGCGGACCUCCGCCACCAAACGCACCCAGCGGGCCCGGUGGACGAAGCGGCUAUGGCGGCGGCUAUGACGACCGACGAAACGGAUACGGGGGCCGAGGAGCGACGGGAAGUAACAAUGACCCUCUCGGCAGCCGUGACAGAGGGUAUGAGAACCGAGACCGAGAUCGAGAUCGCGACCGAGACCAGAACCGUGACCGAUAUGGUGGAGGCAGACGCGACGACGACUAUGGCUCCAGAAAACGCCACCACGAGAACGACGGGUACGAUGACCCCCGACAACGCCGGAGGUACUAA